AUGCCGACGCCGGUGGUGUUGUGUGACGUAUUAGGACUGCUUGUCGUGGGGUUGGAAAAUUCUGGUAAAACGGAAGUGGCAUAUAAAAUAUGCGGAUCCAAACGGGACGAGUUUCUGCAGACUAAAGGAUGUAGAGUGUUCAACACAAUUGUUGCAGGAACAAACGUACAGCUCACCGAAGUAGGAGGAGCUCCCGAAUUUAGAGACCUUUGGAAAUAUUAUUUUUUAGAUAUGUACGGCGUUAUUUUUGUUAUAGAUGCUUCGAGUAUCAAUAAUAUCUGUCAAUCGUACAAAAUAUUCAAAAAUUUAAUGGCACAUGACUUCCUAAUUGGUAAACCAUUCCUUAUAAUUGCGAAUAAACAAGACAUACCGGGUUCAGUUGAUUGCAUAGAUAUUUGUGAAUACUUAGAUGUCGAGUUUCUAGCUAAUAAGUUUAGGAAUCCUUGUAUGCUAGAAGCCUGCGGCAAAUGGCUAAACGAGUCUAGUGAAUAUGAUGGUCUCAUGUUUGGAAUUAACUGGCUAGUGAAAACUAUAACUGCUAACAAGCAGUUUCUCACAAAUAGGAUUAACUUUCAUCGAGUAAUGUUAGAGCACAGUUCUAAGCUAUUUGAGAGUCACCGCCCGUGUACUGGAAUCCGUAGAAAGAGUUCGAGAUUUAGUAUACGAGAGUUACGUCCCAAAACAGCUCCCUCAGUAUAUCACAGCUGGUUAACGGAAAAUGACAAUAACUAUUUAUCCAAAAGAAACAGUGUUGUUUCCAUUAGAAGCGGUAAAAGUCAAAUCACGAAUUUAGGAAAUACAGAAACUACUACAGACUCGAAUACAAAUCCAGACGGACUAUCGAUUGUCGAGGAAGUUGUCGAAAGUACGGAAGCGGUAUCGAUGAAUAAAAAUCACACUGAAGCCAUCGUUCUUAUAACUAAUCGGACGAACGAAGAUUUGACCGUUGAGGAUUUGUCUUUAACGCUACACAACUCAGAUGCUAGCAAAAUGGUGAACGCAGUUGCAUAAAAAUAAAAUUUGCGAUUUAUUGAUGU